AUGCCACGAUACGAUGCCAUUGUCGGCGGAGCAUCCGGGCGGCGCUACAGCAGCGAGACCGACAUGUCGGCUUCCACGUCUCAGCGUGACGACGGCGGGCUGCCGGCGGAGCUCCUGAGCCCGACCUGCCGCAUGCGACGCUUCCGAAACUUCCCAUUCAGCUCGGAAGUCAUGGCUGCCGACCGCGAGCUGAGCGCGUUCCUGGGGAUGGCGAGACCCGACCCAACAGACGCUACGGCGGUCUUUCUGUCCGCCUCGCCACAACAGAGACGUCCAGGACACUCGGGAAGGGUUACGACACGCAGCUCGCCCCAAAACACGCCGCCUCGGGCGGGCCAGACCUCCUCCUCGCCGCCCAAGACCCAGAACACAAACCGCACCACCGCCACCUACCUCAGCGACGCUGCUACCCAGAAUCCAGCCUUCAAUCCCACAAAUACAGUUCAGAACCAGAACCAGCUUUAUUUGCCAGUGACCUCUGGUUCAAACCGGCCGUUCGACGACAACAACAACAACGCCGACGAGGGUCUUCCCGAAACUCUGUCGGGGUCGAAAGGGCGAACGGACCACGCCGAUCGGGACUGGAUGGAAGGGAAACGCAGCGCUUGUACGACUACGGGCUCCAUGUUUGUAGUUCUAGAGAAACACGCGCUGGUGGCUGAGUUGAAAGGGUUCGGCAACGUCGCCACGGUGACGGGCCGCAACGCCAUUCACCGCCGUGGAUCUCCCCGGGACGACGCGGCGAUCGCAGAUUUGGAAGAAGAAGAGCGAGCGGACGGGAGGGCGCAGAACUCGAAGGAAUCUGAGCGUAGACGUUCGUCUUCGUCACACGGCGGCGAAGACGAGGGACCGGAGGAUGAGGUUGUGGUUUGGUGCGUGACGGGUGUGUGCGAGGCGGCCGGCGAGCUCACGCGCGCCGACGACACACACAAACACACACACGCACAAACUAAGCAGGAUCGGCGUAGGAGCGACGAUCAGGAGGGAAACCAGCAAGCGUCUUCGGCAUCGACCAAUCGCACGGCUUCAGAACAUCGGCCUGCCAAUGAGAAGCCAGCGUCUGUGCCCAUCAGCAGCCAACCGGUGCCUGUGUCCCGCUGCGACAACCCGUCGCAUCCUGCCUCGUCCCCCAUGUGGCGCCCGGCGGAGCCCCCGUCAGCCAAUAACGCCCCGGCUCUCACCUCUGAGGAUGCUACAGAGACAGCCAAUCUGAGGGAGGAAGCAGAUGACGGAAGCAGAAACAAAACUGCUUCCUGUCUCACGACCAAUGAGAACACAGGAGCAGUCUCUUCCACCAACGAAAAGGAAGAAUCAUCGACCAAAACGUCCAAUCAUUCCUCUAAAACUCGACAAGCCGGGAUGAAACCCGCCGCCAAUUAUAACAAAUGCAGGUCUGUCCGGACCCUCACCGGCUCCGAGAACCAGGACAUGAGGCGGGUCGUGCCCAUCUCCCGACCCAGCCGAGGUGCUCCGUUUCUGGGUAGACGUCCCGAGAAACCCCCCGGCCUCCCGCGGAGCUCCUCCAGCGCUGCAGUCUGCAACCCAAGCCUCAACAGCGCGUCCCUCAGGCGAGGAGAGAGGCCGUCGACCGCUCAGUCGUCCCGCCGCUCCAGCUUCCAGAGGACGCCGGACGCCAAGGACUCAUCGGACCAGAAGGUUUCUGCCCGAGACCAGAAGGUUUCUGCCCGAGACCAGAAGGUUUCUGCCCGAGACCAGAACCAGCAGGACUUGCAGAGGAAACCCUCCAUCAGAAAACCCUCGGUUCAACCCAGACCGCCGCCGGAGGAGAAGACCUGUCGCUCCACGCUGCGGCUGCUCUCCCAAGGCGGCGCCACUUCACCUUCCUCGCUCCAAGGCUUCGCCCGGAGCACCGCCUCUUCUUUUUUCAGACAGACCCACACCACCCAUCCUCCACCUCCGUCCCCCCGCCCCGGCUCAGACUCCUCCUCUAAGUCCUCCCCCCCUCGCGUCACGUCCUCGCAUCUCACCCGGACGAGCUCGCUGAGAGAGCGGAGGGCGCCCGCCGCCUCCAGACCGCCAGACCUCAACCUGUCCUCGUCUUCCUUAUCGCUGGCGAGUCCUCGCCGGGUCCCGCCGGCCCCCCCUAGAGGCCGCGGCCGGGACGACGGCGCCGUCGUCUCCGACAAGUCGGCCAGGCCGAGCUGGAGAUAACAGGGG